CCCACCCGCCAGCGCCCGGGUGGUGCGUGCUGCUGCCCAAGCCCUGUCCCCGCGUCUCUGCCUCUCUCUGAUCCUAUACCGGCUGCAGCCGGUCUCCGCCGGCCUCGGGGGCGCGCCGCCGCCGACCAUGUGCUGCGAGCGCCGCGGAGGAGGGGGCCUGCUGGAGCGCGCGCGCCGGCCCACGUGUACCCGGCCCGCACCGGGCGCGCGCCCGCCCUCAGCCAAGCUGGGGGUCACGGAAGGAAACCUCACAGAAACAUGAAGCCCUCAGCCACCUGGAACUCAGAAACUCACUGGGGACCGACGGCGGCUUCUGGAACGUCCAGGUGUUCUGCAGAUGUGAGGUUGUGCCCCGCACUCAGCAGCUGGAGUCCCGACCAGAUGCGAGACCUGUGCUUCGGCUCUGACAUCCCUGGGCACAGCGGGGUCACUUUCUAAUCGGCCAGAGCUGCACACAGCCAGUCAUCUUAGGGGAAAGCCACAUUUGGGGGGUGCAGCUUUCCUGACUCUCUUGAGUUAGGAUUCUAGAUGGGGCCUCAUUUCUGCAGCUCCCACCCUCCACAUAGGCGGCACCGCCACCCCCGCCCCCACCAGCACGCGGGGCGGGCCUCAGCAUUCCCAUCUUUACAGUGAGGGUAUUGCAGUAUCUUCUUGCAAAACACCAGCCUCCCUGCGUUGAGAGUGAGCCAAAGGGGACUCUCAGAGACGCCUCUCGUGGUGGCCCGCCGUCAUCCCAUAGAACCGGAACCCGCCCCUUCCCACCAUGGCCUGGCUUUUUCUAAAGGUUUUAUUGGUGGGGGUGAGUUUCUUGGGAUGUCUUUAUCCUCUUGUGGAUUUUUGCUUCAGUGGGGAAACAAGAGCCCCGAAACCAAAUUUCGUGAUCAUUUUGGCAGAUGACAUGGGGUGGGGUGACCUGGGAGCAAACUGGGCAGAAACAAAGGACACUGCCAACCUUGAUCAGAUGGCCGCCGAAGGAAUGAGGUUUGUGGAUUUCCACGCAGCUGCUUCCACCUGUUCACCCUCCCGGGCCGCCCUGCUCACCGGCCGGCUGGGCCUGCGCAACGGAGUCACACACAACUUUGCAGUCACCUCUGUGGGGGGCCUUCCGCUCAACGAGACCACCUUGGCCGAGGUGCUGCAGCAGGCCGGCUACGUCACCGGGAUGAUAGGCAAAUGGAAUCUUGGGCAUCACAGCUCUUAUCACUCCAACUUCAGUGGGUUUGAUUACUACUUCGGAAUCCCAUACAGCCACGAUAUGGGCUGCACAGAUAGCCCCGGCUACAACCUCCCUCCUUGCCCGGCAUGCCCCCGGGACGAGGGACCAUCAAGGAGCCCCGACAGGGACUGCUACACGGACGUGGCCCUUCCUCUGUAUGAGAACCUGCGCAUUGUGGAGCAGCCCGUGAACCUGAGCAGCCUCGCGCACAGGUACGCCGAGAAAGCCACCCAGUUCAUCCAGCGUGCCAGCGCCAGCGGGAGACCUUUCCUGCUCUACGUGGGCCUGGCCCACAUGCACGUGCCCCUAACCAGGACCCGGCUGUCGGCAGACCCACAGGGCCGCGCGCCGUACGCUGCGGGCCUCCGGGAGAUGGACGGCCUGGUGGGCCAGAUCAAAGACGGAGCUGACCGCACGGCGAAGGGAAAUACGUUCCUCUGGUUUACAGGAGACAACGGCCCGUGGGCUCAGAAAUGUGAGCUGGCAGGCAGCGUGGGUCCCUUCACCGGAUCGUGGCAAGUUCCUCGAGGGGGCAGUCCAGCCAAGCAGACCACCUGGGAAGGAGGGCACCGGGUCCCGGCGGUGGCGUACUGGCCCGGCAGAGUCCCCGGCAAUGUCACCAGCGCCGCCUUGUUAAGUGUGCUGGACAUCUUCCCCACCGUGGUGGCCCUGGCCGGUGCCAGCCUGCCCCGAGGCCGCCACUUCGACGGUCUGGAUGCCUCCGACGUGCUCUUUGGCGGGUCGCAGACUGGGCACAGGGUGCUGUUUCACCCCAACAGUGGGGCAGCGGGAGAGUACGGAGCCCUGCAGACUGUCCGCCUGGAGCGUUACAAGGCCUUCUACAUCACUGGAGGAGCCAGAGCCUGCGACGGGAGUGUGGGGCCUGCGCGGUCUCACGAGCCCCCCCUUAUUUUCAACCUGGAAGAUGAUGUUACGGAAGCUGUGCCUCUGGACACAGGCAGUGCGGAGUACCAGCGCGUGCUGCCCCAGGUCAGGGAGGUUCUUGCCAACGUCCUGCACGACAUUGCUGGGGACAACGUCUCCAGAGCGGACUACACGCUGGACCCGGCGGCAGCUCCCUGCUGUGACCCCCACCAGACUGCCUGCCGCUGCCAGACCGCCUCCCAGCCCGUGUUCCCAGGAGCAGGAGCAGCAGGAAAUGAAACGGCAAGUGCACGUCCACCCUCUUUCUAGUGACGUACGCUUUGUAAGUCUCAGGAUUUAGGCGGGAAGCCACCACCUUGCAUCCCCCACUGUCCCGUCUGCAUGAUGGCUUGGGAGGUCAGCUGCCAAGAGCUGUAACGGGGACCCUACGGGCUCAGAGGCAGCCCAGGGUCAAGGCCCGGCUUUUGAACUUGGGCCAUGACUUACCCUGCCUUGCGAGCUGAUUUUGAGGAUUCGGUAAGGCAGUUCAUGAAAGUGCCAGGCAUAUUACCUGACACGUGAGGCAGGCACUUAAUUCGUUUUAGUCUUCUUCUUUUUUUUUAAUGCACCCAGUUUCACUCGUCAUUUUAGUAGAGAUUUGUGCCAACUGGUAUCUAGGCAACGCUUCUCCAUCUUUAACACGCAUACGAAUCACCGGGAGCUUGUGAAUGGAGCGAUUCUGAUCCAGGAGGUCUGGGUUGGGGCCUGACCACCUCCAUCUCUAGGCCACCCCUGGGGGUGCUUGGGUGGCGUGGGUGUUGACUAGACAACGUGAGCGGCUCCAGGUCUCCAAGCAGAAGAGCCCACAGAUCAGUCCAUGGCCCGACCCGCCACCCCGACCCCCUUUAAAGGUCAAAUGGCUGUGUUUCAAAGACUUGAGGAGUUCUUCCUGCUUCCUAAAACCAUGAAGAAAUAAAUUUUCAGAGCCUUAAAAAUGCAUUGCCAUGAUUUUAUUAUUAGUGUCCUAAAUGGGACUCAAAGGUAGUACGUGAUUUAUUCCAAUCACUGCCAAAAAAAAAAGUACUUCGCCUGGUUAAAAUAGUCUCUAUGUACGUAACAUACAAGAAGUACAAUUCGAAGACAUUUUCCUAUAGAUACAUUUUUACACAGCAUACAUUGAAAAAGGAUGCCGCUUUUAAUACAAAAUUCCGGCUAUAGACCAAUAUGAUUAGUUAGCAAUUGACAUUAUGGCUGUAAUAUAGUUCCAAUAGCAGGAUGCGUACGCGGUGUCUCCCGUACCCACUGGCAGCCGGGACUGGGGGUGGGGGGGGCAUGGUGAGCAGUGAGCCACGUCCUGUGGCUUAAGCAGGGGGCACCUGGGAUUCCUGCCCCCACUCUGCGCCCACCAUCGCACGCCAUUCUUCCACCUUCCUGGUUUUCUCCAAAACCACCUGAUGGGGGGUGUCCUGAUUUCUGAGGCGCGCUUCUCAUCAUGACUGCUUCGCUUUGCCCUUCUGACUUCCACGGCACAAUAUUAUCUACCGAAAUCAAAACAGAAUGGCCUUACUCUCCCCAGGAAGAGGCGGCUGAGCAGGCUGCAUCAGCAGCAGGUCUGUGCCUGCAGGGUGGGUAGGGGAGACUGGCACACAGGCCACAGGCAGCCACCCGUCUCACUCAGGCGCAGGCGAGGGCGGCACCGUUUCAGAACAUACUGACUGUAGAGAAAAUAUUUGUAUGUGUAUUGAUAUGUGUAUGUGGGUGUGUUUUUUUUAAAGGCUCAUCUUGUAAACACAGGCUGCUAAAUCACUGUUAAAAAGUCAGUAAACCCUUGGUCCCAGCCCCUUCCUCUUGCCCACUAGAGUAAGACUGGUGUGGGGCAGCACGCAGCCAUAAAGGUUGGCUGGUCACCGAAACGGAGGCUGCCCGUCCUCCUGAAAGGGGGCUGUGUCUUUCUAAGGUACCAGAGGCGAUGCAUUCUCUCUUCUUUCAUUUUUCCAGGAGCAAAGUAAACCCAAGGGGAUGAGAGUGAGCUACCCAGGGACGUGUCCGUGUGUAUUUUUUAAAAUGACCCAUGUGCUCACGGCGUCCAGGCAGCCCGCAUUCACGUCUACAGAAGGGAUUUUGCCCGAGCUGAGACCAGGAUCCUCUCACUGUCCUGGCAGUGUUUAAGGAACGUGGGUAGAGAUGUGGAUUCUGGACAGAUAUGUCUAUCAUAGGCAAAGAACAGAGGCAGAGAGAGGAAGGCGUCUCGCAUCUCCAGCUGCAUGUGAUUGUGGGAGAGGCAUGGCCGGGAUGGUCCAUGUUGAGAGCGCAUCCCGGCAGCCACUCGUGUCUCUGGCCCUUGAGCGGGGAGAUGGGGAACCGCCUGCUACUGUGUCAGUGUCUCGUAGGAACAGGACCCUCUCCUCCCCAUCACCCGACACCUGCUGGCGUCUGACAGCCGAUCUAGGGAACCUCGCUCGGUGGUCUCACUCAGGGGAGCCUGACAGAGUUUAAACCAUCUUUCCCUCCUUAGGCAGAGCCCGGGCGGACAGGCCUCUGGGCCAGUUCUGAAGCGUCGCCAUGGUUUUUGUUUUUACUCCAAACAAGUGCUCUGGACCUGUUAUUUUGUGCAGGUCUAACCUUUGGCCAAGGACCCCCUCCUGCAAGCUGACAGCCGAAGUACCUGGUUCUGUAAAUACAAGGGGUGGCAAGGUCCACUCUGAUGACAGUUAAGAAUCUACUAACCUGUGUAGCAGUCACAGACUUUGACCAAAGUCACUGAAAGGGAACCUCAGUCUUAUCCCCAACUGAAUCUGACUUGCUCUGGUUCCCAGAAGAUGCGACUUCGGGUAAAUAACCACCAAUUUUGGGUGAUGGAAAAAAAAAAAACCUUCACGGUUGGUGGGGCGUGAGAACCCAAAGGCAAGGCACC